ACGCGAUUGAAUGCGCGGAUCUGACCCCUUUUUGGCAGGGUUCGGCGGGGUUCGGCGGGGCCGUGCAGGGGUGGCGGGGGGGGGGGGGGGGUGGGGGGGGGUUUAUCGGAGGGUUGUCGAACAGGGAUACGAGGGAGGCAGCCGGUCGAUGGUGAGGCCACGCGUUCGGGGGGGAGGAGGGGGUUGCGAAUGUUGACUCGCGAGGCGGCGAGGGCGGCCGACAUGGGGAGGUCGCAGCGGCGUCAGCAUGAGCCCGCCCCUGACCAUGUUCAGGACACAUUCAGGGGCUGCUCCCCUGUGUACCGUUACCUGGUUGUCGACCAGAAGGUCGACAACAAGGGGGUCAUGAUGCUGCGUUGCACUUUUUGCAACAAAGUAUUUCGGUGGAGCCAAUUCCAGGCGACGAGGCAUUUCACGCAGACGAACUACUGCAAGGACGUCAGCGACGAGGCUUUGUACGAGAUCGCGCAACAGAGUCAACAGAAGUUCGAGAGCGAUCAAAUAGAGAGGGUUGCCAGGUACGCGGCGGAGCGCGGACUCGAUGUGCCUGGCACGGGUGGUGUGAGGGGAGGAGAGGCGGGGUGGCAGCCCAUGGAGGGAGCGUCAGGAGGGGUCGGGGGAGAUGGUGGAGGUGGAGACACGGAGGAGGGCGCGAUCGACAUCGAUCGCGAGGCGCCGGAGAGGAAUGGGUUAGUCCACGAGGGCAUUCACACGAAGAAGCGCAACCAGUUGGCCUUUGAGAAGGUCGUUCAGCUCGUUGAGAUCACCGCGAAUGUGCGGUUGUCGGAGUAUCGGCGGGCUGGGUGCGGUUAUGUGGUGCCAUGGCAGCAGGACGAGGGCAUGCUAGACUGCCAGGCCGGACUGGAGUUGGAGCCAGUGCGCAGGGGGAUGACGCCGAAGGAGAUUGCCCUUCAGGUUGCGCUUAUCACCCGGGAUCCCAUCGGGGAUGAUUCCGACGAGGAGCCGGUACCCGAGGCAGCGGACCACCCUGCGCUCCGCAUUCCCCGUGAGAUCGACGAGACGCACGAGGAUCCCGAGGAGGAGACGAGGGCGCAUACUGCACGACGGGCGGCGGACAGGGCGGAGAGGGAGAUGAUGGGGGGAGAGGAGGAGUUGUGGGGACUGUUCGGGGAGGUCGCUUCCACGGGCGACACAGGAGCGCGGGCGACGAGCCCCGCUCCGACGAGGCGAGAGUCGUCCGUGCCGCCACCUUCUGCUCCGAGUCCUGCACCGCCAUCGCCCGUCGCGCCAUAUGAGCCGACCACAACAGCAGAGGACACGGAGGAGUUGGCAUCCUCUUUGCCUCAGCGCGGACUACUCCACAGAGGUGGGGCAGUCCCACAGCUGAGGUUACGAUCACCUUCUCCGGGGGUCUUGCAGGAGGAGGGGGGACCGUCGGCAGCAGCAGUGGAGGGGGAGAUGGCAGUGGAGGGGGGAUUGGCGAACACGACGAUUGCAGUGUUAGGGGAGGAGGCACCACCGCCAGUGGGAGUCGAUGCAGUGGAGGGGCAGGCGGGAGUAGCUGGAGGAGCAGCGGGAGGAGCAGCUGGAGGAGCAGCUGCACUGGAUGGGCUUGUGGCUGCAGCAGCAGGAGCAGCUGGAGGAGCAGAUGCAGUGGAGGGGGGAGUGCCAGGAGCAGUGGAGGAGGAGAUAGGGCCACAGGCGGAGGUGUCGCGUGGGGGCGGCGACGAGCGCCAUAUGCAGCGUUCCUCACGGAGCAGUACGAUCCGGUCAUGGCGGGCAUGACUCUUGGUGUGGCGAGGGGGUUGGGGAUCUCGGAUUCGCAGAUGGGGAGC